GUUCCUCGUAACACUGCAAAGUCGGAUUCUCCAGGUAGAAAAAAAAGGAAAAGGAAUAUCAGACAAUAUCAUAAUCUUACGAAUUGUACGGCGAAAUGGCAACUGCUCAGGCACAAGAACUAAGCUGGCAGUGUGAUAAAUCACUGGUAGAGUGUCUGAAUCAUCUGUUCACUUCCGGUAUAGCAUGUGACGUCACGUUCCUGGUUGGAAAGAACAAAUAUGGGAUUCCCGCGCAUAAAACUAUUCUCAUCAGCAGAAGUCCUGUAUUUUACGCCAUGUUUGAGGGAAAUAUCGCCGAAAAGGGCGCAAUAUCAAUUCCGGAUAUUGAACAAGAAGCGUUCACAAUAUUUUUGAGGUAUCUGUAUACAGACACAAUAGAACUGACCGUCAACACCGCAACCUCUGUCCUGUCUGCUGCUAGGAAAUACAUGGUGGACCGUCUUGUCACAAAGUGUGAAACCUUCCUGAGGAGAUCUCUAACCACCGAAAAUGUAUGCCUACUAUUGGAACAAUCCCAUAUUUAUACAGAGGAAAGCCUAAAGGAGGACUGUGUAAAUAUGAUUGCAAGAUCACAAGAAGAAGUGCUGAAGUCGACAAGUUUCGUUGACCUGUGUGGCGUCUGUGUGAAGAGUAUUACAGAGUCGGACGACUUAGCGGUUGAGGAGAGCGUGGUGUACGAGGCGGUGAUGCGGUGGUCAGAGGCAGAGUGUGGACGUCAGGGCCUGGAGGUGACGGAUACAAACAGACGGAAGAUUCUGGGUGACAUCCUCUAUACUGUUAGAUUUCCCCUCAUAGACGCCAAGUAUGUGUUACAUCAUGUCAUUACGAGAGAUGUCCUGACGGCAGAACAGAUACUGAGCGUCCUUAGAUUUCAGCGGGACAACAAAGCAUAUCCAUGCACAGAAUUCAGCGAGAACAAACGAAAAGUUCGAGAACCGGUAAAAGGAAUAUUCGAAUACAUAAACAGAUUUACGGAUACGAUAGAAAGUUCAUGGAAUUCAUGGAAUUAUGGUGAGAAUGAUUCCAUCUCGUUUGUCUCUACAGUUGACAUGUUCCUACAUGGACUGCAGCUUUAUGGGUCGUAUGAGAAUGAGCAGAAUGUUCUAAUAGGAGUCUACAGUCAGGGUGGUGAUACUCUGUAUAUGGAAAGGCACACAUUGUUAACAAAUGAGACACUGUGUAAUACAGAAUUCCAGCACAUCAUCGAAUUAACACGAGAUCAUACCUAUACUGUCGUCUUACACGAAGGAGUGGACACAACGGUGUAUGGAACGCAGGGAUGUAGCACGGUGAAAUGCCGUGAUGGACAAAUCCGAUUCAUGGCAAGUUCAUCUUUUCCACAUGGAAGCACAACUAUCGAUGACGGUCAAAUUCCAGGACUGUUGGUAUCUUUCUAAGUGUUAUUCCCCGACAACGGAGUAAAUUUAACCCCCCCAGGACAAUAACAGACGCAAGAUCGAUGCAGAUAACAAGAAAUAGCAUCAACAAAUCCAUGAUAUUGAUCAUGUUUCUCAUCACUCAUAAUAAAUCUCUUGCGAGAGGUGAAGGGAGAUAUUUAUUGGUUAUGUCCAUAACCAUAACACAUUAAAUGCCAAAGGAAUAGGCUGAAAUCUGGAACAGGUUGUACUCUUGGGCCUCAACUCAAAAAUGCUCGUUGAUUAUCAAAGGGCCAUAUAACUAUCAUAAAAUUCAACGCAACAUCUCCUUACGUUAUCAUCCUCAUAUACUGCCAUCAAACGUACCAGAUCUGAGAUGAUUUGCUAGGAAAUGGACUAAUUCUGGUCACAAUGUAUAAUGCAAAGAGGACUGUCGGAUGGACAGAUGCUGAUAACAAAAUUAUCGAGUUGCAAUUUUCUAAGACGUGCUCAAUACUUCCACAGUAAUCUAGAUCUAAUUUCUAUAUCAUUAAUGAACACUUAAAUAAGUUUUUCACAUGAAGUACAAAAUAAUUUCUUUUGUUUUGACUUAAUGAAACCAAUUGGAAUAAGUCUAAUAAUUAUGGGCAUUUAAUUGUAAUUCGGCGAUGGUUAAAGCCACUGCGGCGGCGGUUGUGUUGCUUGGUAGACAUCUAAAUAUAGACCAUGUGUAGGAAUUCCCAUGACGUCAUCAUUACGGUACCAUCCCGGUUAGGGUGGUGCUGCAGGGUGGUGCGGGUUGGUGGUAAUGAUAUAUACGAGACUGCACUGCGCCAAAACCCUUACUUUUGUACUACUCUUUUAGUUUAAACUUUGUUUUAUUCACAUAACAUAUGUAGUACAUAAUACAAACAUGAUUGAAACUAGUGUUGACAUACUUGUAAAAAAUCUGUUACCUUUCAUCGUAACCAACAUUAACAACUAUAGCUUAGGGAUAUUGGGUCCUCCUUAAAAGCGUCUUCAAGUGACAACAAACGUCGCCAGAGAAAACCUAUACAAAUACCAAAUAAAAUAUGCGAUAUAAGAUGUGUUGUUAAUAUGACUAUAAUACACAUUUAUACCAGAUUUCAAUUUGAUAUUUGAAAAUUUGACCGAGAUAUGAUGAAUUGAAUUCUAUGAUCUGCGGCGUGGCACGUGUGUAUAUUAACCUGUACAGUUAAGAAAACGUCGCCGGACAAUAUCUUUAAAAAUUCUUACUAAAGUAAGCGACAUCAGAGGAUAUGUUAAUAAUAAGACUUUUAUUGAUAUAUACACCAAAUUUUAGCUAGAUAUAUGAAAAAACGACCGAGAUAUGAUGAAUUGAAAUUGUACUAUCGGUGGCGUGGCACAAGUUUGCGAAUAGAACUCCGCAGAUCGUGAAGCGACUUCAGACUUUACCUCUGAAAUUAACCUAUAACGUAAUAUGUACAUAUGACUAUGAUACACCUAAGUACCAAACUUCAGGUCGAUAUUUGAAAAAAAUUACAAAGACAUGACGAAUUGAAU